UUCUUUUACUACUUUUUAUGCUUGUUAUAAUUGCUCUACCAAAUCAUGAAAUCUCAAGUUUUCUUCCUUGUAACCGUUCUUCUAGUAUGUUCAUCAUAUGCAAAUGACAUCCCUGAAGUGAGCAGCAAUGUGCAUCGUAAACUGAUCGUUGGAGCUUUUUUAAAAGGAGCUUUAAAAAAGAUGACUCCAGCGAACUCAAAAAAAACUGUUCCGAAAAAUAUUCCUGGUACUCCGAAAAAUAUUUUUGGUACUCCGGAAAGUGUGCCUGCUGUUUUAAAGACGCCGCCAAAAAAAACUAAUUCUGUACCGAAAGAUUUCAUAGCAAACAAGGCAGAGCAGUUCUUAGGACCUGACGCUAAACGAGGUUUUCGGGUUGGGUUCAAAAUAGGGAAAGAGUACUAUUCAGUGCAAAAUGAAUGUCAACAAACUUUGGAGUGCAAGCCUGCUUCCCGUCUUUUUCCAUGUUACCGACCAACGAUGAGUAGCUGUCUUCCUUUUUGCGUUGUGGAAGUGCAGGUAAACAACGGAACCAGGAAUUGCUCCCAGACAUUUGGUGAACCACCUAUAGAAACACCGUGCACUUUUUCCUCCGGUGUUCUAUAUUUGAAAAAUGAAUCUAUCCCAUAUGACUCUUAUCGCACUGAAUGUGUGUUUAAUUAGAAAUUGUGUUUCUUAUUUACUACUGUUCAAUUCGUGAUUACUUUAAUUUAGCCUUGUGUGUAUGCACACCGGCAGUGUAUGUUAAUGAUAUUUUCUAAUGGGAUAUUUACCUAAAUAAACAGAAGAAUGGGGCCAUUUUAC